AUGCCGUCAUCUGAAAGCUCGGAUGCCGCUCAAGAGCAUCCUCCCGCUGUAAAUGGAGCCAAGGUGCACAAGAUAUCCGAAUGGGAUCCUCAGCACCCUCCGCUCGAGCUUGAAGAACAUCCAAUUGAUGAGCCAAAAGGGAUCAAGGUGGCUGUCCUCGGCGCUGGUCUUUCUGGUGUUAUAGCAGGCGCACUGCUUCCAGCGAAAGUCCCUGGGAUCGACCUUACGAUUUUCGAAAAGAACAGUGAUGUGGGAGGAACAUGGUUCGAAAACAUCUAUCCAGGUGUAAGAUGCGAUGUGCCGGCCAAUGUCUACCAAACCAGUUUCGAGCCCAACACGCAGUGGACCGAGGAGUUUGCCACAGGAGGAGAAAUUAAAGCAUACUGGCAACAUGUUGCGCGGAAGUAUGGCGUCUAUGAACGCACUAAGUUCAAUUCUUUGAUUCACCGUGCAGAUUGGGAUCCCGCUGCCGCGACCUGGAAGUUACAAAUUGAGGACGUGAAUGAGAAAAAAGUCACUGAAGAGACUUUCGAUUUCGUCAUUACCGCAGUUGGUCAUUUCAAUUUCUGGAAGCUCCCAGAAUACCCCGGCAUCGAGAACUACAAAGGUCACUUGCGGCAUUCCUCAAACUGGGAUCCAAACUUCGACCCCAAAGACAAGACCGUCGCUGUGAUCGGAAACGGAGCGAGCGGGAUUCAGGUCGUUCCAGAGGUCCAAAAGGUAGCCAAGCACCUUGACCACUACGCCCGCGGCAGAACUUGGAUCGCUGGCUCUCUGGGCGGAAGAGACAGAAAAGCCGAGCCAAUGUACUUCGCACCGGAACAACUGAAAGAAUUUGAGGACCCCGAAAAGUACCUCAAAUACCGCAGGACGCUCGAAGAAACAUACUGGAGAAGAUUUGCAGCUGUCUUGAAGAACACUGAGGAGAACGAAAAGGCGCGAAAGGAAUUUACUACUUUGAUGGCGGCAAGGCUGAAAGAUAAACCCGAGCUGCUCGACGAGAUCCUACCAGACUUCUCGCCACACUGCCGCAGACUUACGCCAGGCCCAGGCUACCUUGAAGCGCUUACGAAAGAGAACGUCAGUUUCAUCAGCACGCGCAUCAAGCGGUUUACCGAAGAUGGUAUUGAAACAGUUGACGGAGUCCACCGACCCGUCGAGGCUGUGAUUUGCUCUACUGGUGCAAACAUUGAUUUUGCCCCGCCAUUCCCGAUCGUCGCGAACGGUGUCGACCUAUCUCAGGCUUGGAAGAAAGAUGGAGAGAUAGGAUAUCCGCACACCUACCUUGGUGUCGCAGCGCCUAACUUCCCGAACUUGCUGUUCAUUCAUGGUCCCAACGGCACCGGUGUGGCCGGCAGCGUCCCCAACAGCUCCGAGAACCAGGUUACGUUCAUCGCGAGACUCUUGCGCAAAGUCAGCAAAGAGCGGAUCCGCACCGUAGCGCCAUCGCAAGCGGCAGCAGACGAUUUCUUGGAGUACGCCGACAGCUUCUUCCCCCGGACUGUCUUCAGUCAGAACUGCAGAUCUUGGUACAACGGCGGGUAUCCCGGUGGACGCAUCCACGGAAUUUGGCCAGGAAGUGCGUCGCAUUUGAACUACGUGAGGAAGAAUCCGAGGUGGGAAGAUUGGGACUGGACGUAUCCUAAGAAGAAUAGGUUUGUGUCGUAUUUUGGCAAUGGCUGGACGAGGAAGGAGCAGGACCCGGCGGCGGACGUUUUGCCGUUCUUGAAAGACCCAAGCACUAUUGAUUUGAGAGACCAUCAUGAGAGGUGGUGGGAGUAG